AACAAGGUCUUCAGAGCUAUUCCGCAAAACCCCUCGAAAGUAUCACGCACGUAUCACUGUCUUCAGAGCUAUUCCGGAAAAUCCCUCGAAGGUAUCACGCACGUAUCACGAAGAUCGUUCUAAUACUUGUAACGACGUUGAUAUUUGGAAUUAAGGACUGGAACUGGACAUGUGAGUAUAGAUAGAGUUACGAUUUCUUCCCUCGUCAAAACGGUAAUUAAUCUGUUAUGCCCUUACUCAACUUCAUUCAAUAUUAACGCAAGAUAACGUAAUUUCCAUGAGUAAAUGUACUCCAAGAAUACAUUAUAAUCGUAAAAAAUAUAAUGGCUGACUGGGCGAGAUGUUACCCAGACGAACCGGUGAGUGCGGAAAUCCAGACUGGUAAUACGAACACCAACUCGACCGCAGGGGAAGAAGCAAGCGAAGAAGUCGGAGAAGAAUGCACUGACGAAGGGCAGCUCUAUUCGCGACCGCCUUUGUAUCUCGAAACGCAAACCGCGACCGUUUCACUCAUUCGCGAAGCUGAUGGAGAUGGACACCCAGUUAGCUUGUGCGAUGCAGCGAAUAUCGACCUUUCCACCGCCAAGCCAUACCUCGAUGCAAUCGCCGGAUCAAAACGAGAAGCCGCUGCGAGCUUACGGAACCGGAAACACUUCAGCAGAGUUCCGGGACCACCGGGAUUCUUACGUUCGUUCCCGCGAGCUGACGUCGCGGAUGGAAUAUGCGGAUUAACUCGCGAGUCGGCUAGACUGAAGGCAAUUAAAGACUUAAGCCCAACAAUGUACAAAUAUGGAACUGAAUUCGAGGAAGAAGCGUUGGAUUUCUACAGGCGCGAAUUUCGUGACUUGAACGACUUGAAGAGAACCUGGGACCAAAUAGAUGCUGACUGCUUUCAAAGACAGGAGAAAACAGUAAAAUCUGGAGAACCCACUUUGAUCAUUCAGCGAGACGGGUUAAGACAAGACAUUUGCGUGAUGCUCGCUGAACUCGACUGCUACAAUCGAGAAAUCGGCGAUAUCCUAAUUAGGGAUGAUUAUAAGAGGGAAUUGUUGGAGAAACUGGGGAAAGCAAGCUCUGAAGUGAAGCAGGCCAAUCUCCUGAUUAGUCUUGCCAAGGAUGAAUAUGAAGCACUCAUUUUCAAAGAGAAGGAGGAGAAAUUCAUCCGCCCAGAGUUGGUAGGGAAAUGCGCCUGUUCAGAAUACCUGGAAAUCAUUGAAGAAAUCACACAGUUGACUGUGGAUGGUGAUGCACUUUCAAGUGAAUACCAGCUUUGGCAGAAACUCAUAAAGGAUUUUGGGAGAGCUACCAGAGAGAUCAUCAGAACAAUCAUCACAGACUGGAACACUGAUGGAGAAGUUCACAAGUACAUUAAAGCCAUAACGUGUUUGGCUAAAGAAUGUGCUUUUCAUGACAACAUCCGUUGCAUAUUUUCUUGCCCACCACCGGAACAAGUUGCCAAAAUGAUCUGUUGCGAAUUGGACUGCACCAUCAAUUCUGCCAAUGCCAUCCGUCGACAUUACAAUGGGAUCUGAAAAAAAGAAAUAUUUUGAACUGUAUUUCGUCCAGAAAGGAAAAAAAUGAUAAAUUCUGUUAUUUUUUUCUUGAAUGUCUGACUUUCCUGGAGAGAAAAAAUUCAUCGAAAAAAUUU